GCAACAACACUUAGCAGAACCUAUCAAGACAAAUAACCCUCCCAAAAUAUGCAGUUCUUCAACCUCUUUUGCCUUUUCCUUUUUGUGUUUUCCCUCUUUUUGUUAAUUAAAUGGAAGAAUUCCAAUAGCAAAACCAAAAGAUUGCCUCCAGGUCCAUGGAAAUUACCUUUACUUGGAAGCAUGUUUCAUUUGUUAGGUGGACCUCCACAUCAUGUCCUUAGAGACUUGGCCAAAAAAUAUGGUUCAAUUAUGCAUCUUCAAUUAGGUGAAGUUUCUCUAGUUGUUGUUACUUCUCCUGACAUGGCCAAACAAGUCCUAAAAACUCAUGACCUUGCUUUUGCAGACAGGCCCACACUUUUAGCUGCCGAGAUUCUCUUUUAUAACAAGAUUGAUAUUCUCUUUUCCUCCUAUGGAAAUUACUGGAGACAAAUGCGUAAAAUAUGUCUAAUGGAAUUGCUUAGCGCCAAAAAUGUUAAGUCAUUCUGCUCUAUUAGACAAGAUGAAGUUCGUCUUAUGAUUGAAUUUUUUCGAUCAUCUACUGGUGAACCAGUUAAUGCAACAAAAAGGUUUUAUCAAUUCACGAGCUCUAUGGUAUGUAGAUCAGCAUUUGGGAAAGUAGUCAAAGAGCAAGACGAACUUAUACUACUCGUUAAAAAAGCGUCACACUUUUUGGAAGGAUUUGAUGUAGCUGAUAUAUUUCCAUCACUAAAAUUUCUUCAUGUGUUAUUUGGAAUGAAGGGUAAAAUUAUGAAUGCCCACCAUGAGUUAGAUGUCAUUCUUGAAAAUAUCAUCAAUGAGCACAAGAACAAUGAUGAAUUAGGAGGUGAAGGUUUACUUGCCGCAUUGCUAAGAGUAAUGAAAGAGGGAGGCCUUCAAUUUCCAAUCACCAAUGACAACAUCAAAGCUGUUAUCUUUGAUAUGUUUGGUGGGGGAACAGAGACUUCAUCAACAACAACUGAUUGGGCCAUGGUGGAAAUGAUGAGGAAUCCAAGAGUACUCUUAAAAGCUCAAGCUGAGGUAAGAAACGCCUUCAGAGAAAAAGAAACUUUUGAUGAAAAUGAUGUCGAAGAAUUAAAAUACCUAAAAUUAGUCAUCAAAGAAACUUUGAGACUCCAUCCUGCGUUGCCCCUUUUGGUCCCAAGGGAAUGUAGGGAAGAAGUAGACCUAAAUGGCUAUACUAUUCCUUUGAAAACAAAAGUUAUGGUUAAUGUAUGGGCUAUGGGAAGAGAUCCAAAAUAUUGGAUUGACGCAGAAAGUUUUAAACCUGAAAGAUUUGAGCAUUGCUCUAUUGAUUUUGUUGGUAAUAAUUUUGAAUAUCUUCCUUUCGGUAGUGGAAGAAGGAUUUGCCCUGGAAUAUCAUUUGGUUUAGCUAAUGUUUAUUAUCCACUAGCUCAAUUGCUUUAUCACUUUGAUUGGAAACUUCCAAGUGGAAUCAAUCCAAGUGAUUUGGAUUUGACUGAAACUGCUGGAUUAACUUGUGCUAGAAAAGGUGAACUAUACUUGAUCCCGACUCCUUAUCAACCUUGUCAAGAGUGAUGUUAUGGAAUCAAACCUUAAAUAAAGGACUUUGCUUUUGAAUUUCUUUAGCUAGCCAACCAUUGUACUUUCAUUUUCGAUUUUACCUCUAAUAAAUGUAUCUUAUCAUAUAUUGCAUUAUGGUGUCAUGAUAUUCAAUUUUGUGUACCAUUUAGAUGCAUGUUUCUGUAAUAUUUUGUAAAAAUCGAAAGCUCAAGCUGGUAAUUA